AUGGUGUUAGUUGCUUCUUCUAGGAUAAGCUUGCGAAGCAUUCAGUCCAGCUGUUGCGUUAGCAGGCAUGCUGCAUGGACAGCACCACUUCAGGCUCAGCCUCGAGCUGUCAGAACAAUGUUGAGGAGGAGCACUGGCGCGAGGGCAUCUUUUUGCGACGGCAGCGAAACGGUAGCACGGGAGGGAGACAUGGUGAAUGUGAAAUUCGUGUGCAAGACACUGGAUGGUGAGGUGCUUCAUGCAUCUGGUGAUGAUGACGUUUUGACCUUUGAAGUCGGUGCUGGGAACUUCGUUGGCAAUCCUCUCUUCAAGGGUUUUGACGAGGCAGUGAAAGGAUUGGCUGUUGGCCAAAGCCGCACUGUACAGUCAGCACCAAUGGCGAAGACAGAUGAAAUGAUCUUCCGAGUACCCAAGGACCAUGAGGAGAUUCAGAGACUCACGAAAGAGCAAGGAGGAGAGCUCAAAGCGGGAGCUGUCGUUAUGCUUGCGAACGGCGGCCCUGCUGAGAUUCUAGAGAGCCAGUCGGUGCAUAGUUCCACCGAGAUGGCAGUAGACCCCCGCACAGAGGCCCCUCCAGCAUCCACUCUGCAUGCUUCACCUCCUUCCAGGAAUCCCACAACUAAGGAAGAUGGAGGGGAGCGCCGCGGGUCCGAGAAUGCCGGACCGAAGAUUCUGUCGCUAGAGGAGCUGCAGCUAAAAGCCAAGCAGCAGUGGAGCCGCCACUUCCCUUGGCUCAUCAUCGGUGACACCGCCGAAGGUCGACCUUGCAUGAGGUGCAAGAUCUGCAUGGUGUACGCAGAUCCUGAGUCACAGUACGACGCUCGGGGCGAGGGAGGCAUCGACAUACAGAAGCAGACGAUGAGGAAGCAUCAGUGGAGCAUCCGGCACCGGGAGGCGAAGGACCGAUUGGAGCAGCGUGAAGCCCCGCAGAAGAGGCGGGCAUCUAUCUCCAACUUUGGAGAUAAGAGUAUGGUUUCAAGCAGUUGGUCGAAACGCUGGGAGGCUCUGGCUGCUAAGGAUGCGGCUGAAGAAUUUCCCGAGUUCAAUGUCGUCGACAAAGUCGUCCGGUCUUUCGCUGACAUUCUCGGCCGCAGCAUAGUGCAGCAUGCGCGAUUCAAGAAGCUGCAGGAGGUCAUCACAGAGACCAACCUGGAGAUGCAAGGCAUUAAGGACGUCCGCUGGCUGUCGCGCGGAGACGCCAUCCAGCGCUUUGCAGACGUCCUGCCUGCUGCCGUUGUCCUGCUGCAUGAGUACGACAAGACAACGUACACUCUUGUUACCAGUCUCAAGUUUCAGUUUUUCCUCUUCUUUCUGGUUGACGUGCUUCAGGAGCUGAACAGCCUGAAUCUCAAGUUCCAGCGACGACAGCUUGAUGCGACGCAGGUUCGGCCGAUGGUGCAGCACACCACGUUGAUCUUGACAAGUCGCUAUGUGGAGUACGGCUCCACCUUCGGCGACAACAGUGGUCGUCUUGCGACGUUCCUGAAGAACCACGGGAGCACUGAGCAAUGCGAAGUGAAGGUCGAAAGCAUCGACACCGCAGGAGAACCCGUGACUCACACCUACUUGCUGCACGAGGACCUGAUCGGGAAGGAGAAGUUUGGGGGCGACCUGGCGUCGUGCGUGGAGGCAGCAUCUAAGUUCGCUGGGAGGACUGUGUUCUUCAUUGAGGAUCGCAUGAAGAGUCUCAAGUCGUUGGACGGGGCCCGUCUGUUUCGGCAGGGACGGUACCCUCGUUCGCGCGCUAAAAGAGCGCGUCGUUUUCCCGAAUGGCUCGAGUCGCUGCGCAACCUGUUCAAGAAGAAGCCCAACCAUCCAGACACCCUCCCCGGUAAGCGGUUUGUUUCAAACCUGCGUUUUUACUUGUUGCGUUAUUGCUGCCGUGCCAAGAAUUGA